CACAUGAGCCAAGGAGCAUGGGCAGCAGGGUCACCCCAGCGCCAUGCUUCAUAAAGGGCGCUGUUACAAUAGGUUUACUGUUACUCUGACGACUGCCGGGAUACAAUAGGACUGAAUGUACUGGCCCAGUGAUUCUCCUUUUCUCUCCAUUUUUCACUUGAUGACAAGGAAGACAGACUGAGACGGGACAGCAUGUUAUCAGAGGACGCCCCUGAAGUAACCUCACGGACUAAUGGGGCUUAUACUGCUGAGCCUGAUUCUCCGGUACUGGAUCAACACCGUGGAGGGAUCAUGUUCAGCUGGCAGCGCUUUGACUUGUGAUGAGUGUCUGCAGCUCAGUUCUCAAUGUGCCUGGUGCACACAGGAGAAUUUCACAGACUGGUUUUCGGUUAGUGAAAGAUGUGACACACUGGAUAUCUUAUUAGAAAAGGGAUGUGCCAGUGGCCAGCUGGAGUUCCCUGUUUCCAAAGGCCAAAUCCUGCAGGAUCUCCCACUCGGGAAGAAGACGGGGAACGUUAACAGCACUCAGAUCUCCCCACAGAAAAUGGCACUAAAGCUGCGACCUGGCAGUCAGGUGACUUUCCAGGUCAAGAUUCAACACACAGAGGACUAUCCUGUGGACAUCUACUACCUGAUGGACCUGUCAGCAUCCAUGUUUGAUGAUUUGGAGAAAAUUAAAGACUUGGGCUCCACUCUGUCUAAAGAGAUGGCCAACCUCACGAGUAAAUUUCGAAUGGGUUUUGGCUCUUUUGUGGAGAAACCCCUCCUGCCCUUCAUCAAGAUCACGGAAGCAGAUAUAUCCAACCCCUGCAGCCAUGUAGGCGCAACCUGCCUGCCAACGUUUGGAUAUAAACACGUCUUGUCUCUGACGAGCAGCACUGACAAGUUCAACGAGAUAAUCGCAAUGCAGCGUGUAUCUGCAAAUAUUGAUGUGCCAGAAUGUGGCUUUGAUGCCGUCAUGCAGGCAGCUGUUUGUGGGGACAAGAUAGGCUGGAGGAAUGACUCGAUGCGUUUGCUGGUGUUUGUCAGUGAUGCUGACUCACACUUUGGGAUGGACAGUAAGAUGGCCGGCAUUGUGAUUCCCAACGAUGGGCAUUGUCACCUGGAUGUCAACAACGAAUACUCCAUGUCCACAGUGCAGGAGUAUCCAACUCUUGGUCAGCUGAUUGAUAAGGUGGUGGAGAACAACAUCUUACUGAUAUUUGCUGUGACAGAAGAACAGAAACACAACUAUAAGAACUAUGCAAAUCUCAUACCUGGCGCCACUGUUGGAGUCCUGGCGAAAGAUUCGCGGAACAUCCUGGAGCUGAUUGUAACAGCAUACAAAGAACUGCGAUCAGAGAUCGAACUGGAGGUCCUCGGAGACACAGAAGAGCUCCAGAUGUCCUUUACAGCCAUUUGCCCAAAUGGAUCCGUCCUCCCAGAUCUAAAACAAUGCUCCAACAUCAAACCUGGAGAGACGGUAGUAUUCAAUGUGUCUGUGGCGCUCCCACGAUGCCUGUCAGGAGUUCGGCACUUCUCCCUCAAACCAGUGGGCUUACAGGACAGCUUGGAGGUGGAACUGGAGUCUCUUUGCUCGUGUGACUGCCGGCAGCUUCGUGAAGCAAACAGCAGCCAGUGCAUCGAGGGCCAGGGGUCUUUUCAGUGCGGCGCGUGUGUGUGCCAGCCAGGGUUCCUCGGAUCGGAGUGUGAAUGCAAUGAGGAAAGCGCUUUGUUGAGUAACUGCCUGGCAAACAAUGAGUCAGAGAUAUGCAGUGGUCAGGGGCAGUGCUAUUGCGGACAGUGUGUGUGUCAUGCAUCCAGCUUUGGACGCAUAUACGGACCUUACUGCGAGUGUGACAAUUACUCCUGUGUUCGCUUCCGUGGGGAGCUCUGUGGAGGCCACGGAGUGUGUGACUGUGGGGAGUGUCACUGUGAAAGCGGUUGGAGGGGGGAGUAUUGUAACUGCAGCGCCAGCACCGAGGCGUGCACAUCAGAGGAUGGCACUGUCUGUAGCGGCCGAGGGAGAUGCGAGUGUGGCCACUGCGCCUGCUCUGUACCUGGGGCAUCUGGGGACAAAUGUGAGAAGUGCCCAACGUGUGGAGACGCCUGUAGCUCUGCAAGGACCUGUGUAGAGUGCCAUCUGGAAGAUAAGGACGAUGGCGAGUUGUGCGAUCAAAAGUGCAGCGUCCCAAAAAUUUCCAUCAACACAACGGCAGAUUAUGACAAGAGCUCUUCUAUGCAAUGCACGCUGAUGACUGAGAAUGAGUGCUGGAUCUCAUUUAAUGUGGUAGGAGGUGAAACGGGGACCACUGCCUAUAAUCUCCAGAUUUAUGGUUGCCCAGAGCCUCCAAACAUCCCCAUGAUUAUUCUGGGGGUCUCCCUCUCCGUUGUGUGUAUUGGCAUGAUCCUGCUGGCUGUGUGGAAGGUGCUGGUGUCGGUCCACGACCGUAAAGAGGUGGCCAAGUUUGAGGCUGAGAGGUCAAAGGCAAAAUGGCAGUCGGGGACCAACCCUCUGUUCAAAAGCUCGACAUCUACGUUCAAAAAUGUGACUUAUAAGAACACACAGAGAGAAAGGACUAUUACACAGGAUCACUACUGAUGAUAUACUGGAGGCAAUGCAAGCCAACAUCUGAGUGCACUUAAGUGUGUGUGUGUGUGUGUGUGUGUGUGUGUGUGUGUGUGUGUGCUUCCUUAGGCUACAUUUGGGAACAAAAGCUGUGUCCCCAAUUUGGAAACAGAUGAUUUUUGGUUCAGUUGUUAAGCUUAGGUUAUGGUUAGGUAAGAACUGGUUAUGGUUAGGUUAGGUUAAGUCUCUAAGGAAAUGAAUGUAAGUCUAUGCAAUGUGUAUGUUUGUGUGUGUGUGUGUGUGUGUGUGUGUGUGUGUGUGUGUGUGUGUGUGUGUGUGUGAAACAGAGAGAUGGAGAGAAUUUUUUGUACUAGAACUUGUUUUUGUACGAAUCUGUGUUGAUUCAGAGAUGUUGUAACACAACACUGAACAACACAUGAUGUAUUUGCUGCUGUUUACUGUCGAUGUACUAAACACUGCACUUUCCUGUUGCAUGAUCCUACAAACUUUAACACAUUUAUGUCUACUGUAACGUGCAGCUUGGAAAAGAGGAGUCUACACUACGAGUGGUCUACUACUGAAAAAAUCUUUGUUUUAUUAUAAUGAAUGUAAAUAUAUAGGUGGAUGAUUAUGAUUUUUUAAAAUAUUGUAUUUGUCUGUUGUUUUAUUGUAAAGCAAGGCUGAGCCUUUCAAUGUUAAUAAUUUAGUUUUUUAGUGGCAUGGCACAUAAAUAAAGUUGAAUUUUGACUUAUUGUUAGCUUUCAAAGUAAAUUGUACGCUGCAACACAGUUCUCAUCCUCAGAUAGAUAUUGAUUAGAUUGAUCGGAUUUGGAGACCAAAUCAAAGUUUAUUGUAUUUACAGUGGGACACUGAACUCUCUGUCUUUCCAGGAUAGGGAUGGAAAAGUAAUAAAGUGCAUUUUGCUUAAGAACUA